AUGCAUUUUGAUGAAGGGUUAUCCGCAAGGCACAAAGGUGGGGAAUCUGCCAAACUUGUCACAAAAAAAGUCUUAAGAAAAGAAAAAUGCAACUAUAGUGUAGUUGAGUUUUUCAACGAGAUGAAAGGCAAGGGCCUGAAAGGAAAUGUUGUUACUUACACUGCGCUGAUAUCUGCAUUCUGUGGUGAGAACAAUAUUGAUAAAGCCAUGCAAUAUUUUGAUGAGAUGUUGAGUUCUGGAUGCUCACCGGAUGCAAUUGUUUACUAUAGUUUGAUAUCUGGUUUAACCAUUGCUGGAAGGAUGGAUGAUGCCAGUGUUGUUGUGUCACAGUUGAAACGUGCCGGGUUUGGUCUUGAUAGAGCUUGCUACAAUGUUCUCAUCAGUGGAUUCUGCAAGAAGAAGAAGCUGGAACGAGUUUAUGAAAUGCUCAACGAAAUGGAAGAAACUGGAGUUAAGCCUGAUACUGUCACCUAUAACACUUUGGUUUCUUACCUUGGCAAAGCCGGAGAUUUUGCAACUGCGUCUAAGAAGGUUUUAAGAAAAGAAAAAUGCAACUAUUACCAAAGAAGGAUAGUUGCCGAAAGAAAGUUUCUAAAGCACGUGAUUCAGAGUUCCAUCGAUUCAGAUGUUGAUUAUGCCCUAUUUAAAGCAAAAACACGUGAUUCACCGUCAGACUUGUGCAUCUCAAGUAAUUUGUUAGACACUGAAAAAAACCACACCGGAGUGAGAAACAAAUUAUACCUUCGGAUGAUCCUAGCAAACUGA